AUGAGGAGUCCCACGGCUGUCAUGGCGGUGGCAGCGCUUUUGCUGCUGCUGGUAACCCUGGCGGCGGCGGACACUACGGCUUCAUCGCACAGGGAGCAGGAGAGGAUCGCGGAGGACGAGCGGCGUGUCAUGGGGGAGUGGCUGGCGAAGGACAGCAGGAGCUGCAGGGAGGGGAGCGAGGAGGAGGAUCAGCGGCUGUUUGCGGAGUGGAUGGCCGAGCAUGGCAAGAAGUACAAGGACGCCGGCGAGGAGAUGCGCCGUUACGCCUUCUUCAAGGACACACUCAGCAGGAUGGAUCAGUACAAGGCCAUCUUAGGUAGGAACUCGGUGAUCUUUGUCUACAACGGGCCGUUUAGCGACCUCAGCCACGAGGAGUGGAGGGCCAUGACCUGUGGGAUGCUUCGCAACGACGACGAGAUGUUGGAUGCUUCACUAUCCAUAGCAAGCGAACGAUAUAGAGGAAUGGAGUACUAUAGAUGA